AUGCUACGGACCAUUGCGCUGCUGCUCGUGUUUGCCCUCCUGGCAGCAGCGAGCGAGGCUGUCUUGAGGCCCACGGAAGCGGGCCAAGUCGAGGUCGCGAAUAGGCUUAGGACCAGUCCGAAGAGGCUGUUGAGAGCAGCCAGCACGAUUAUUGACGACGAAGAGCGAGCGAUUAUACCAGUAGGAGAGCAGACACUGCUGAAGUUCAGCAAGAUCGUGGGGAAGAAGGGCAUGCAGACUCUCGCGAAGAGGCUGGAGGGCAAGGCUUGGGAAGUGGGAAAGAAGGCGGACCACAAAGCGUGGCUGAAGGCAGGAGCAAGCCCCCAGUCGAAAUUCCUGGAAUACAAGUGGAAGGACAAGACUUAUGAAGAACUGCUGCAAGACCCGAAUUAUAUUCGCUACUUGGGAUUCGACGAGCUGUGGAUGAAGGCUCAACACAAGAAGGGCACGAUCCAAACUGCUGAAGCCUAUUUGAAGAAGGUGCAAGAGGACGCGAAGAAGAAAGCUGCCGGGUAA